AUGAUUGACAUGUUGGUUGGUGGUGAGGCUCUUGAUGAGCAUGUCAUCUACAUACAUUUCAAUGGACUAACCGAUGUAUUUGGUGAACAUCUGAUUUACCAAUCGCUGGUCCAUAAAACAGAGAAGGGUGAAGCUCGUGGUGGCGUCAACCAGCUAAUUGAUUCUGGGAAGGGGAAAACUGUCUUUGGGACAGGAUUUGUUGAGAUCCGUGAAGUCUACGCACAUCCUCCAUUUCUCAGGUGUCUUCUUGAAAAUGACUACGUUCUACACCCAUUUUGGGUAGUCCACUUCACAGAUGAAGCCGACCUUGCUGAGAUUUUGGACCUCCUCUUUCAUGGUUGA